UGCUCUGUAACAGGAGGCACAAUGCAGAUCAUGUUUCUUCUGUGUUUGCUCACUUGUUUUGCGCUGAGCAAUUUUAAUGUUCAGGCGAAAGUGGUCGAUAGCUUUAGUGACGUUAAAGGGUGUAACCAGUUUUUCUACAAAGGCAAAGAACCACAAGGGAUGGAUCAGAAUGCCAAGAAAAUCUGUCAGACAUUUCAAUCCGAAAUAGGCAAAGAAAAAAUAAACCACAUUUAUUAUGCAACUCUCUAUUCUACUUUUGAAAAAAUUCCACUGUACAGUGCUUACAAAUUUGACCCUAAAUGCUCCAGUACUUCAUCACAAUCAUGGCACAUAGAGCCACAGCUUAUUUCUAGAACUGAACCUGAUCACAUGAUGCUUGAGGGAGAUGAUAAACUAAAAGGCAAAAAAGAUGCAAUAAAAAAGACACAAGCCAUCAACAGUGACUAUGAUCACACUGGAUAUGAUCGCGGACAUCUGUAUCCCAACAGUUUCCAAUGUGGUGAGGACAGUAAGGCGACAUUUACACUGACAAAUGCUGCUCCUAUGGAUGCUUGCUUCAACCGCAUUCAUUGGAAGCUCUGGGAGGGUCAUUUGAAAAAAAUUUUAAAGGACAGCCUGAGGAUAAAGAAAGACGUUUAUGAUAGUAAGGCGUCAGCUUACAUUGUCACAGGUACUGUACCUGGUCAGGACAAAAUACCACAAAGCAGAGACCAGAAUUUAAGAGGGGUUACAGUUCCAUCUCACAUCUGGACAGCUGUUUGUUAUGAACACAGCGAAGACCACGACAAGUCUUUUUCCUUUGGAUAUAUAGGAAUAAACCAGCCAGAAUUUAAUAUAAAGUUAAUGAAUGUUUCAGAGAUGAAUAAGCAGCUCAAUCAACUAUAUAAAACAUCAAAUCCAUCAGUUAAGAUUUUUCAUGAUGAUUGUUUCAGUGGCAAACCAGCAUCUGAAGAGGCUAAAAAUCAAUUUUUAAAUCGAAUUAAAUUACCAGCACACCAAAGACUUCAAAUGUCCAAAAGUGCUCAGAACAGCUUACUUGCAAUUUAUGAUGCCAUCAGUAGUGACAGUACAGGUCCUUCAAACACACCUACAGUUCUUGGUGUGACAGCAACAUUCGCCUUUGACAGUUCAAGCUCUCAUUUGACCUCAACUGAAAGAAUGAAAAGAAAGUUUGAAACAUCUUGUGCUGUAACUGAUGUCAAAAAACGUCACACAUCUGAUAAACAAAAAAGGCAAGUGUCUGAGGGGUCUGAAUCUAUUGAAUGUCGGCUGGUCCCAGAGAAAUCUGUUGAUGGCAAGUCUUCAGCUGAUGGCUCUCCAUGCAGCUGUUUUGAGGAUAAUGGUUACAAAUGUUCCACACAAGAAGGCAAAAGCAAAUCGUGCUGCUCCACUCCCUGUCUGUACCAGGAACAACUAAAGGGCUACCGUUGUUACUCAGGUAAGACACAGAUCGAGUGCUCACCCCAGUACUCACUUAUCACGGCUAAAGGAAACAGAUGUCGAGACGAUCACCCCUGUGCCACAUACGGGAAAGACUACUACUGGUGUUUCAUAAACGACAAGUCCUGGGAAUACUGCAGCCCCCCGCUGUGGGGAAGUAGGGCUAAAGAUGGAAAAUACUGCCGCAGCAACUACGCCUGUGCCAAAUACGAUAAAAAUGACCCAUGGUGCUACACAGAUGAUAAAAACUGGAACUCUUGCUGUACUUCUGAUGACUACUUCUCAGCUGUCAACUACAAGACCUGCAAGCCUGAUCACCCAUGUGGUUACCAUGGCAAAGCUUACCUGUGGUGCAACACCACUGAUGGCAGCUGGAAUUACUGUUGCAAAGAGUUCAAAAAAUAGUUUAUCAUGGGACAACCUGGACUAACACAUAAAUAACUAAAACCGAUUUACAUGUUUGAUUGUUUUAACACCUACUAACCUACUAACACCUACUUCCUCUUCUUGUUUUUUUUUUUUUACAUUUGGAUUUGUAAAUAACCUUCAAACAAUGUUAUAGUAGCAAUAAAGUUAUUGCCUGUGAAUUCAACAUACUGUAGCUGAAGAAAAAAAAAAAUCAAUAAAUGAAAACCAGUUGUAGACAUAACAUGAUUAUAAAAAUCAUUCUGUCAUAGUGAGAUUGAAAACUGAAACUGAAAUUCUGAUCAUUAACAUCAUAAAAUGAAUAUGCAUUUUGUAACAAUAAUAAAACACGUUAACAC